ACAAUCUAAUUAAUCAUCUUAAAAACUUAUGCAAUGUGAAUAUUAUUAAUGCAUCUUGAUUUUUAGAGAUAAAAAACAAUGGUUGCAGUUCAGUUUGAAGACAUUAUUGGACCAUGCAUAAUAACAGCAGUUAGUAGUUUACAAAUGGCAUCAUUUGCUCGUCGUGUGGGAAAAGCAAGGCAAAAGUAUAAGGUCCCACCUCCAGAAACAAAUGGUGAUGAGGGUUUUGUAAGAAUAUUUAGAGCUCAUCAAAACUCAGUGGAAUUUUAUCCAGUAUUUUUAGCAAGCUUAUGGAGCAGCUCUUUAUUGUUUCACCAAGUUCCUCCAACAGUUCUUGGUGUGGUAUAUAUGUUGGCCCGGUCAAAGUAUUUCAAAGGAUAUUCUGAAAGUGCAGAUAAAAGGCUGCCUGGAUUUAGAGUAUCAGUUACAGCUUUGGUGGGACUUAAUAUUUGUAGUUUAUUGGGUACAGCGCAUAUUUUGUUUACAAAAUAUACUGGCAAUAGUUUGUUUUCUUAUUUUAACUAAAAUAUUUUUAUGUAAUGACUCAUUUAAAUAAUGUAAUUUUUUAGAAUAAUUUUUCGUGUUUUACAUUUUU